AGCAAAGAGACAGUCCCAUGUGUGCUCAAGAAAAAUCCUCAGUUCUAUCCUCUUCUUCUUCCUCCUACACGAUGAAACCCUAGCUUCAAAUUCUAGGGUUUGUGUUGAAUUUUUUUUAAUUGUUCUCGGGUUUGGGAAGGAUUGAGGUUCUUCAAUGGCUACAGGAGCUGUGAUUUCGAGCAGAAGCUUCGGCUCUUUUCUUGCUACAGGCAAAAAAUAUCAAGCAGAGGGGUCUUCAUCAUACAAUAGAGAACUCUAUUUAUGUUCUAUUACAAGAAGACAUCCUUAUUUUGUCAGGCAGGCCAUUUUUCGACUUCAACCUAAUUCAGCAAUAGAUAGAGUUACUAAAAAGAGACUGAAAUUCUUUGGAGAGAUCGAAAGGCUUUAUUCUAAUUCCUGGGGGAACUUUUCUAAUGGCAGUGUAAGUGCUGAUACUGUCAAGCAAAGAUCUGUUACAAAAAUAGUAAGCUUUCUUUCUUCAGAUUCUCAAAGCAGUGGGUGGUUAAGGCCAAGAAAGUUGGAUAGUCUUGGCCUAUCAGAUAACUUACGCGAUAAAACAGAAUAUCAUCUUGGAACCAGGACUCAUGUUGACUUCAAUUCAGAGCCAUAUGAAAUCACAGGGUCACAGUUGGAUUCGGUAAAUUCUUCAGAAGUACCUAAUGAGGCAGUUCUACUUGGAAGAGAUGUAAAAGCUCUUCAGUGGGAGCAGCAUUUUCCUAAGCGUUGGUUGAUUGUACUAUUAUGCUUCUUUGCAUUUCUUCUCUGCAAUAUGGAUCGUGUGAAUAUGAGCAUUGCCAUACUCCCAAUGUCCACAGAGUUUAAUUGGAAUCCAGCGACUGUAGGUCUGAUACAAUCAUCUUUCUUCUGGGGUUACUUGCUAACUCAGAUUGUUGGAGGUAUCUGGGCAGAUAGAGUUGGUGGCAAACUGGUUUUGGGGUUUGGAGUUAUCUGGUGGUCAGUUGCAACUAUUCUGACACCUAUUGCUGCUAAGCUUGGACUUCCUUUCUUGCUGAUCAUGCGUGCUUUUAUGGGUAUUGGUGAGGGUGUUGCUAUGCCUGCUAUGAAUAACAUACUUUCAAAAUGGAUUCCAGUUUCAGAAAGAAGCAGAUCACUUGCUUUAGUAUAUAGCGGGAUGUACCUCGGUUCUGUCACAGGCUUGGCCUUUUCACCAAUGUUAAUAAACAAAUUUGGAUGGCCUUCUGUUUUCUAUGCCUUCGGAUCACUUGGAAGUGUCUGGUUUGCAUUCUGGCAGAAAAAAGCACACAGCUCGCCAGAAGAAGAUCCAGAGCUUUCUUCUGACGAAAAAAGGUUGAUCUUAGGGGGAAGUGUGUCAAAGGAGCCUGUUUCAUCCAUUCCUUGGAGAUUAAUUCUAUCAAAGGCUCCAGUCUGGGCUCUCAUAAUAUCUCAUUUCUGUCAUAAUUGGGGCACUUUCAUACUUUUAACAUGGAUGCCUACAUACUAUAACCAGGUACUGAAGUUCAAUCUUACUGAGUCUGGGCUAUUAUGUGUAUUACCAUGGUUAACCAUGGCUGUGUUUGCAAACAUAGGAGGUUGGAUCGCAGAUACACUUGUGGCAAAAGGGCUUUCAAUAACUACAGUCCGAAAGAUUAUGCAAUCCAUUGGAUUUCUGGGGCCUGCCUUCUUUCUAGCACAGUUGAGCCGUGUCCGAACACCUGCUCUUGCUGUACUGUGCAUGGCUUGCAGUCAGGGAAGUGAUGCAUUCUCACAGUCUGGUCUCUAUUCCAAUCACCAAGACAUUGGGCCACGCUACGCAGGUGUUCUAUUGGGCCUGUCCAACACAGCUGGGGUGCUUGCAGGGGUCUUAGGCACUGCUGCCACAGGAUACAUCCUACAACGAGGCUCAUGGGAUGAUGUGUUUAAGGUGUCAAUUAUUUUGUACAUGGUUGGUACACUAGUAUGGAACUUCUUCUCAACCGGCGAGAAAAUUCUGGACUGAUGAGCAGAAGGUACCUGAAAAAUUAUCUGUUAUCGAGAAAGUGAUUUUGUUAAGAUGUAGAGAAAUUAGGAUACUGUAUUAAUCAUAGUUCGAGGGGAAACUGGGGAAUCUCCCAUCUGUUUGGCUAUUGAACAACACAUGGGGAAUUUGCAACCACCCAUUUAGAAGAAUGAUGUAACUGAUAGCAAAUCAAAUUGUGUGACAUUAUUUGCAAUUUAAAAGUUCAAAAAGUUUUAUUUUUAUCA